AUGGCUUCAAAAAUCGUUCUUGUCAUUGGUGCAGGCCAGAAUAUUGGCCGGUCUAUCGCUACGCAUUUCUCGGGAAAAGAAUAUAAAGUCGCGGUCGUGUCGAGGAAUCCAACUAAAGAGAUCUUCAAUUCUGCAAACUUGCUCAUCCGAGCCGAUUUAUCCGAUCUCUCUGUUAUGCCUUCCAUUUUCUCGGAAGUCAAGGCUAAGCUUGGGGUUCCAAAUGUGGUGGUCUACAAUGGCACAUAUCAAGCAGCUUAUGUAACACUUAACAAACCGGAUCCGUUCUCCAUUCCUGUGGAUGAAUGGGCCUCGAGUUUAAAUGUCAAUGCCAUCAGCGCUUAUGCCGCUGUGCAGCAAGCACUUGCGGGAUUCAAAGAAUUGCCAACGGAGGUGCCGAAGACUUUUAUCUAUACGGGUAACUGUGGGACUCACACUGCCAUUCCACAUCUGAUGAACUUGAUGGUGGGAAAGCGUGUCGCUGCGCAUAUGAUUGAGUGUGCUGUGAAGACGUAUGAGAAAGAUGGGUUUAGGUUCUAUUUCGCUGACCAGCGGCACGAAGAUGCAAGUCCCAUGUAUACGGGUCUGGACGGGCAGGCCCACGCUGAAAACUACCUUGAGUUGGCGGAGAAGGCGGAACAGGGACCGUGGGAACAUACUUUUGUGAAGGGGAAAGGGUAUGUUGAUUUCGAGGGGAGGACUGGAUAG